GUAUCUGCCUCUCUGCAGCCCAUCCACCCAUCCACCUCCCGAACACAGCAGACACAAUGAAGCGAGGGCCGACAGUAGUGAAGAGCAAAAACAAGAGCAUAAAGGUGAGUGUCGCUGAGUGUGUUUGUGUGUGUGCUGUGUCCGUUGCUAACAACAGUUGUAGCCCGCUGUCUACAAAGAAGAGUCGACAAAGAUCUCGACAGCAUCCGCGCAAGAUGUCGACAUGAACGAUGCCGCCGACGCGUCUGAUGCGUCCUCAUUUGCCGGAUCUGACGACGAAGACGAGGAUCUCAGCAUGGCCGACCGCGUGACUGCCCUCGAGGCGGCGGCCAAGUCGUCGAGCAGCAGCAGCAAUACCGCGCAGACAAACGGCAAGAAGAAAUCCUCCAAAUCCCAAUCGUCAAAGAACUCGCUAGCAAAGGAGACCAACGGCACUCUCCCCGCGGCCGUGCUGCCGACCGUCGGAUCGCUCACAACAGUGCUCACGCAGGCGCUGCACACAAACGACUCGACACUGCUCGAGUCCUGUCUUGCCGUUUCCGACACCGCCGUGAUCAAGAGCACGAUCCACAGACUCGACGCCACGCUCGCGGCCACGCUGCUCGAGCGGCUCGCGCUGAGGAUAUCAAAGACCCCGACGCGUGCCUCGCAGCUCGUCGUCUGGGUGCGCUCGAUCAUGGUCGCGCACGGCGGGUACCUCGUCGGACAGGAGAACCUGGUCAGCACGCUUUCGUCGCUGCACACGACGCUUUCCAGACACGCUGGAUCGCUUAACCGGUUGCUUGCCCUGCAAGGCCGGCUAGAUAUGCUCAACGCGCAGCUCGAGCUGCGGAAAGAGGUCGCGGCGCGGAUCACGGAGGAGGAAGAGGAGGACAUGGAUUCGGAGGUCGAGUACGUCGAAGGGCGCGACGACGAAGACGACGGGGUCGUGCUUGACGAUUCGGGAUUUAUUGCGGGCGAACAGGACGAUGACGAGUCUGACGAGGACGACGAGGACGAUUCCGACGACGCUGCUGCUGAUGAUUCGUCUGAUGAUGAUGAUCUCGAGGGAGAUAUUGACGAGGACGACGAAGACGACGAUGACCAGGAUCUUGCGCCAUCCGAGGAGGAGGACGACGAUGAUGAUGAGGACGACGACGACGAUGAGGACGACGACGAAUAGAUAGAUGUACUAUAGUAUAUACAUUCUUACCACUACCUUUCCCUUCAUUUCUGUUUUGUUUAUUUGGCAUUGUUCUUCUCUUUGUUCCGGGUCUUUCACUAUUCUAUCUCCCUUAGUACAUCUUGUUUUGUCGAUAUUGUAAUCCUGGUGGAUUGUUUCUUGGGCUCCAAAAGUGUUAAUAGAAAAG